AUGGACAAUUUAAAUGAAAAUAUUAAUACCCAUUCUAAGAAGGGAAAUUUUAUUGUAUUUGAAGGAGUUGAUAGAUCGGGAAAAUCAACACAAUCAAAACUAUUUGUAGACUAUCUCAAAAAUAACAACAUUCAAGUGAAGCAUUUAUGCUUUCCAAAUAGGGAAACCACUAUUGGAAAAAUAAUUGCUAAUUAUUUAAAAAUGGAAAACGCAUUUUCAAAUGAAACAAUUCAUUUAUUAUUUUCUGCAAACCGAUGGGAAAUGAUGGAUGAAAUAAAAAAUUUACUUAUGAAUGGUAUAUGGGUUGUUUGCGAUAGAUAUGCAUAUUCUGGAGUAGCUUAUUCAUCAGGAGCAUUGAAAUUGUCAAAAGAGUGGUGUAUGAAUCCAGAUAAAGGCCUCAUCAAACCUGAUGCUGUUUGCUAUUUAAACCUCCCUCCUAAUCACGCACAAAACAGAUCGGAAUACGGUAAAGAAAUUUAUGAAAAAUUUGAAGUUCAAAAACGAAUUUAUGAAGCAUAUAAACAUUUUUCAAAUGAGGAUUAUUGGAUAAACAUAGACGCAACAAAAAGUAUACAAGAAAUACAUAACACCAUAGUUGAAGAAAUUUCAAAAAAAUGCCCCUCCAAAAAUACACAAUUUGAGUACUUAUGGUCUUAA